AUGGCCGACUACGACGAUGGCUACGAGUACGAUGACGCCAUGGACGGCGAGGGCGACCUCGAUGAGGGCAUCACGCCCGAGGACAGCUGGAAGAUCAUCUCGGCGUACUUUGACAAGAAGAGCUUGGUGUCGCAGCAGAUUGACUCGUUCAACGAGUUCACGACGACGACGGUGCAGUCGCUAAUCGACGAGCACUCCCUCCUGACGCUCGACCAGAGCAACCCGCCAAUUGCGUCAGACCGACCGGUCAAGCUGCGACGGUACGAGAUCAAGUUUGGCAACAUCAUGGUGUCCAAGCCGCAAUUCGCCGAGGGCGACGGCCGGGUUUCGACGCUGACACCGUACGAGUGCCGGGACCGCAACCUGACGUACUCGUGCCCUAUUUAUGCACGCAUCACCAAGAAGGUGUCCCUGGCGGUCGACGAGCCGAUCCCGGACGACGAGCUGGACGAGGAGCAGAUCGAGGAGAUGCAGCGCACGGGCGAGCAGCCAACGCGCAUCGUCUGGGAAGAGGAGCCGUCUGACCUGCCGGACUACGAGAAGGACAAGGCUGACGAGGACAUGAAGGACAUGGUGUUCAUGGGCCGGCUGCCCAUCAUGGUCAAGUCCAAGAUCUGCCACCUGGCCUACGAGGACGAGGAUGGACUGUUCCUGCUCAAUGAGUGCCCGUACGAUCAGGGCGGCUACUUCAUUAUCAACGGGUCGGAGAAGGUGCUGAUCGCACAGGAGCGGUCGGCCGCAAACAUUGUGCAGGUGUUUAAGAAGGCGCAGCCGAGCAAGUUCUCGUACACGGCGGAGAUCCGCAGCGCGCUGGAAAAGGGCUCGCGGCUGAUCUCGUCGCUGAGCAUCAUGCUGGUGGCCAAGGGCGACACGGGCCGCGGCAGCUUCGGGCAGACGGUGCACACGACGCUGCCGUACAUCAAGUCGGAGCUGCCGAUCGCGGUGGUGUUCCGGGCACUGGGCGUGGUCUCGGACGAGGACAUCCUGAACCAUAUCUGCUACGACCGCAAUGACAGCCAGAUGCUGGAGAUGCUGCGGCCGUGUAUCGAGGAGGCCUUCUGCAUCCAGGACCGCGAGGUGGCGCUGGACUUUAUCGGCAAGCGCGGGCAGAACUCGCACGGAAUCAGCCGCAAGGAUCGGGUGCGGGCAGCGCGUGAUAUUCUGCAGAAGGAGAUGCUGCCGCACAUUUCGCAGAGCGAGGGUUGCGAGACGCGCAAGGCCUUCUUCCUCGGCUACAUGGUGCACAAGCUGCUGCAGUGCGCGCUCGGCCGGCGCGACGUGGACGACCGCGACCACUUUGGCAAGAAGCGACUCGACCUGGCGGGCUCGCUGCUGGCGAAGCUGUUCCGUGGCAUCAUCCGCAAGAUGUACCAGGAGCUGAUGAACCACCUGAAGCGCUGCGUGGACACGGGCAAGCACUUUGACUUGCGGGUGGGCAUCCGGCACCAGACGCUGACGAACGGGCUCAAGUACUCGCUGGCGACGGGCAACUGGGGCGACCAGAAGAAGGCGAUGAGCUCGACGGCCGGCGUGUCGCAGGUGCUGAACCGCUACACGUUCUCGUCGACGCUGUCGCAUCUGCGGCGCACCAACACGCCGAUCGGGCGCGACGGCAAGCUGGCGAAGCCACGGCAGCUGCACAACACGCACUGGGGGCUGGUGUGUCCGGCCGAGACGCCCGAGGGCCAGGCGUGUGGGCUGGUCAAGAACCUGUCGUUGAUGUGCUACGUCAGCGUGGGCACGCCGGCCGAGCCGAUUGUGGAGUUUAUGAUUGCACGGAACAUGGAGGUGCUGGAGGAGUACGAGCCGCUGCGGUAUCCGAACGCGACCAAGAUCUUUGUCAACGGCAGCUGGGUGGGCGUGCACCAGGACCCGAAGCACCUGGUCAGUCUGGUGCAAGGGCUGCGACGCAAGGGCGUGAUCCAGUCGGAGGUGUCGCUGGUGCGCGACAUUCGCGACCGCGAGUUCAAGAUCUUUUCGGAUGCUGGACGGGUGAUGCGGCCGCUCUUUGCCAUUGAGCAGGAAGACAACGCGGACUCGGGCGUGGAGAAGGGCAUGUUGGUGCUGACCAAGGAGCAUGUGCAGCGGCUGGACGCGGACGAGGGCCUCAGCAAGGACGACCCCAAGUACUUUGGGUGGGACGGAAUCUGCGACGCGGGCGCGAUCGAGUACCUGGACGCCGAGGAGGAGGAGACAGCGAUGAUCUGCAUGACGCCAGAAGACCUGGACAACUACCGGAUGCAAAAGGCCGGAUACGUGCUGCCGGACGAGACGAACGACGAGGACAUCAACAAGCGGGUCAAGACGAAGAUGAACCCGACGACGCACAUGUAUACGCACUGCGAGAUCCAUCCGAGCAUGCUGCUGGGCAUCUGCGCGAGCAUCAUCCCGUUCCCGGACCACAACCAGUCGCCGCGAAACACGUACCAGUCGGCGAUGGGCAAGCAGGCCAUGGGCUUCUUCCUGACCAACUACCCGCGGCGCAUGGACACGAUGGCCAACGUGCUGUACUACCCGCAGAAGCCGCUGGCGACGACGCGGUCGAUGGAGUACCUCAAGUUCCGCGAGCUGCCGGCGGGCCAGAACGCGAUCGUGGCCAUCCUCUGCUACUCGGGCUACAACCAGGAGGAUUCGGUGAUUAUGAACCAGAGCAGCAUCGACCGGGGGCUGUUCCGCAGCCUGUUCUUCCGGGCGUACACCGACUCGGAGAAGCGGGUGGGCAUCAACUUUGUGGAGACGUUUGAGAAGCCGUUCCGAAGCGACACGCUGCGGCUGAAGCACGGGACGUACGACAAGCUGGACGACGACGGGAUCGUGGCCCCGGGCGUGCGAGUGUCGGGCGAGGACAUUAUCAUCGGCAAGACGUCGCCGAUCAACCCGGACCAUCAGGAGAUGGGACAGCGGACGCAGGCGCACGUGAAGCGGGACGCAUCGACACCACUGCGCAGUACCGAGAGCGGCAUCAUCGACCAGGUGGUGGUGACGACGAACCAGGACAACCUGCGGUAUGUCAAGGUGCGGGUGCGCACGACGAAGAUUCCGCAGAUCGGCGACAAGUUUGCGUCGCGUCACGGACAAAAGGGCACGAUCGGCGUGACGUACCGAUCGGAGGACAUGCCGUUCACGACCGAGGGCAUCCUGCCGGACAUUAUCAUCAACCCGCACGCCAUCCCGUCGCGGAUGACGAUUGCGCAUCUGAUCGAGUGUCUGCUGAGCAAGGUGGCGACGCUCAAGGGCAUGGAGGGUGACGCGACGCCGUUUACCGAUGUCACGGUCGACUCGGUGUCGGGGCUGCUGCGCGAGCACGGCUACCAGUCGCGUGGCUUCGAGAUCAUGUACCAUGGUCACACCGGCCGCAAGCUGCGGGCGCAGGUCUUCUUUGGGCCGACAUACUACCAGCGGCUGCGCCACAUGGUCGACGACAAGAUCCACGCGCGUGCCCGUGGGCCGGUGCAGAUCAUGACGCGACAGCCGGUCGAAGGUCGGGCGCGCGAUGGUGGUCUGCGCUUCGGCGAGAUGGAGCGUGAUUGCAUGAUUGCACACGGCGCGGCGGCCUUUUUGAAGGAGCGCCUGUUUGAGGUCUCGGAUGCGUACCGGGUGCACAUUUGCGAGAUCUGUGGGCUGAUGACGCCGAUAGCAAACCUCACUAAACAAUCAUUCGAAUGCCGACCAUGCAAAAACAAGACGAGAAUCGCCCAGGUUCAGAUCCCCUACGCGGCCAAGCUGCUGUUCCAAGAGCUGGCCGCCAUGAACAUUGCAGCCCGCAUGUUCACCGACCGCUCCGGUGUUUCGAUCCGCUGA